ACCUAACUGAGAUACAACCAACAAGAUGAAUCAGUAGCGGUAGAACCAGUGGAAGCACAAUAAGACAAAACAGAGCAUGUUUGCCGUACAAGCCAAAGCGCGUUUGAUGAAUACAAUAUUCAGUUGAUUGCUGAGCUUUGAUGAAGCUUGUAAACGUAUAAUUCUUGUAGUGAAAAAUAGCUAGUUAAAAUAGUGAAAGAAUAGCGCAAACUUUGAAGAAAAAUAUUAAUUAAAAAAAAAAUAAAUUAAUUUAAUUUUUUUUCGAAAACUGCCAAACCAGCACAAUACCAUGGCUAGCCAGCAGCAGAUCGACGAAUUGUACGACUUCAUGUAUCCGCUUGCGCAGCGCGCUGGCGAAAUACUACUCGAGGGCUACGAGGAGGCAGGCAAGCAAGUGAAUAUUAAGACAGCAUUCUAUGAUGUAGUCACCGAGUAUGAUAACAAAAUCGAAGAAUUUCUAAUUGAACAAAUAUUGGCACGUUAUCCGGCACAUAAGUUCAUUGGCGAAGAGGAUACUGCUAAGAAUAACCAUGUGACAAAGGAGCUUACGGAUGCACCAACAUGGAUCAUCGAUCCCAUCGAUGGUACAUCGAACUUUAUCAAACAGAUACCGCAUGUGUGCAUCUCGAUUGGUUUGUCGGUGAAGAAACAGAUUGUCUUGGGUAUUAUUAACAAUCCGGUACAGAAGAAAAUGUACACAGUCAAAUUGGGUGGUGGCGCUUUUUGCAAUGGCCAGCCCAUACAUGUGAGCAAUGUUGAUAAUAUGAACGAAGCGAAUGUCGCGUAUGAAGUGUCGUUGUUGCACAUUGCCAACUUGAAAGUACGCAAUAAACAUAUAAAACGUAUAUAUCAUGUGGGGUCGCGCGCCAGACGAUUACUCGCCUACGGUUGCGUGGUCGACUCCUUAUGCAUGGUCGCAGCCGGCAAUUUGGACGCCUUUCACAUUGAGGACAUGUAUCCAUGGGAUUGCGCUGCCGGCUAUUUAUUAAUACGCGAAGCUGGUGGUGUUGUAACCCAUCCUUAUGGUGGUCCUUUCGACAUUAUGAAACCAGAUUUAAUUUGUGCUGGCACAGAAAGUUUGCGUAAAGAACUUGAGGGGCAAAUAAGGAAAGCCGACCAAGCGAAGUCUGUAGGUGACGAUGAGGAAUAGAAUAAUCCCGAAACCAAACAAUCGCGAUAAAUACCAAGCAACUUAAUGUUGAAUACUUAAUUCUUAUAUACUUAAUUGUUAAGCUGUUCUUUUCUCCUUUGUUCAAAAUAAAUUUUUUGAAAUUAA